AUGCCGCCCGAGGGCCCGUGGGGCCCAGGGAGGUUCCUGGAGGACCUCGCGGCGGGCCUCUGCAGGGAGGGCGACACCUUCGGCGCCCACCUGUGCCAGCUGCUCACGGGGGAGCGGACCCUGGAGGCCGUCGACGCGCCGUCCAGCCUGGUCUGCCUGCUGGGCGUGGAGCACCGGAGCCCCGAGAACUUUGCGAGCCUGCUCGAGCCGCUCGCCCUGCACCUGUCCGAGGCCUUCGAGUACGCGGUGCGGGUCGGCAAUGCGGACACGCUCUUCCCCACGAUCCAGCCUUUCAAGUUGGCCCACGCCACCCUGCUGGCCGACGUGGGGCUCACCGACAAGGCCGGGGCGCCCGGCACGCGCCGGCCCAGCACUUCGUCAAGGCGGUGCCCCAGAACAAGCUCUCCGACGCUUUCCGCCUGA